AUGGCGCUGUGCCUUGUCGGGCAGCUGCGAACGUUUGAGCUGACCGGGCCAUCCAUAGCGGCGAAUCUGGUGGGGGUUGAGGGGUACGGGCAGGCAGACGUGUUUGUGGUGACGCCCCUCGAUGAGAACUCCGCCAAGCUCCUCGCCCUCAGGGGGAUGGGGUGGGCGGAGGGGGCGCAGGGAGCCGGGGGAGCCAGGGAAGAAAACGUCACGCAGCAAGGGGAGGCGGGGAGAGGGGGAGGAGGAGGAUUGGGAGGCCCAAGGCUGGUGUCAGUGCGAGUGUUUCCGGACUUCAACGUGAACGAGGCGCUGUACCCCACACACGCGCUCAAGGGACUGGAGAACGGGCCACAGGGGCUGCUACAGCAGUUCAGCAUGGAAGCCAUGUGCGCCGCUGACAUCGCUGAGAGAGAACGGCACUACAGCCGCCGCUACAAGUGGCUCAUGAAGGCCCGCCCGGACUCUUUCUGGGCGGCGCCGCCCGCGCCGCUGGGCGGCUUGGAGUAUCGGAGCUUGACGGCGCCGCCCGGGUUGGAUUUCGGUGGGGUGAAUGACAGGCUGGCGGUGGUGCCGCGGGCGGCGGGCCGGGCGGUGUUCGCGCGGCUGCACAUGCUGGGAGCUGUGAGCGAGGGCGGUGGCGAAGCUGGCAAGCGAGUGAACGCAGAGACGGUGUACGCGCGCAUGCUGCAGCGCCUCAACGUGUCAGUCACGCGAGCGCACUUCCCCUUCUGCCUCGUGUCACACCACCAGUUCUUCAAAAUGCUCGCCCUCCCCAACCUCCGCAACCGCCGCGGGGGCGACUACUGCCGCCCCUGCCAGCACGAGCCGCCGCCCAACCCGUUCUGCGAGCAGACAGGCCCGUGGGCGGCGGACUGGGCGGUGCAGUUUGACUGGCAUGUGCCGGAGCGGCUGGCGGCGGGGCGGCAGGCAGUGAUGGCUGCGGUGGAGGGCGGCAGAGAGGGGUGCGAGGUGCAGGUGGCUCAGGUGGGUGGGGGUCAUGGGGCAGGCAGAGAUGGUGGGGGCCAUGAUGCAGAGCUGUCUCUCGAGCACCUGCUGGGGCGGCUGGGAGGGAGGCCAGGGUUUAGGGUUGCGAGUGGGCAAGAGCAAGGCGGGAAGGAAGAGGAGACAGCAGCAGCAGCAGCAGAGGAGGAGGCGGCAGAGGUGGCGUGGCGGGAGGCAGUGAGGAGGGAGGGGUGGCGGGCGCCUGCACCAGCAGUGCUGUGUGUGCGGCAUGGGCUGGGGAAGGCAACGGUGUUUGGCGCAUUUGGCACAGGGCGCUCUGGCAGCUGGUCUGCCUUCCUGACUUACCUCUACGCUUUCAACCACAGCAUCGCUGUGUCCCUGCCUGCCACACCGCCCUCCGCCGACCUCCUCUGGGACGCCCACCUGCUUUCCGCCCUGCCCUCCAUGCGCCUCCUAAUGCUGCCAAAACCGCCCGCCCAACCCACUGCCACUGCCGCCCAAACUGCCGACGCUGCCGCCCAGCAGCAGUCAGCAGUGGCAGGCAGGGAAUUGGGUGCACAGUACAAGGCGGCGUUUGAAGCGGCGGUGAGGCGGAUAAAAGCAAAGGAGGAGGUGGUGGGGAGGGGAGGUGCUGCUGUAGAUGCGGACCAUGUGCUCUGGGCUGCAGGGGCGUCCAAGCACGUGGACCUCAUUCGAGUGGGAGCGGGGCGCCUACCAGACCUGCAAGUGCUGCUAUCCCGCGGCCUGAGCACGUGCCAGCUGCUGGUGGACGUGGAGGGUGCGGGGGAGGGCGUGCUGGCGCAGCUCAGGGACAGGGGUGGGAUGGGCGGGGAGCGGGGCGGGGAGGGGGUUGUGGAGGGUGGCGGUGAGCGGAGCGCUGAUGGAGGAAGGGUUGGGGGGAGGAUGGGGGGAAUGGGGGGGAUGGGUGGGAUGGGAGGGAGGCGGUUGCAGCAAGUGGGGCAAGGGGCGCUGCAAGGGGAGGGGCAAGAGGGCGAGCAUGGGGUAGAUCAAGGAGGGGCAGAUGCGAGCAAGGAGUUGGAGGAGCUGGAUGCGUUCUUGCUGCCGGAUGACCCGCUCUUAGCUAAGUGGCGGGGGGAGGCGGAGCUGGGGGAGGUGCAGCGGUGGCUGUCUGGAAGGUCGUUCCAUCUGGACCGGUGUGUGUCGGGGAACGAGGAGAGGGUGGGGCGAUGUACCUUCUUCUCCCUCACACAUUGCCACGCCCCCGUUACUGCCCCUCAACAAACAACUGGUAGAUAG